GCGCCGCGCAGUUUGACAGCCGGGUCCUUCUUCUCUGCAACGGCCGGCGGCUCUCGAAGGUUCUAACAGGGACCGGGUGGAGAAUCCUUAAUCUGAGUCCAUCUGAAGCCGAACCGAGCUGUACAGGUCCCGGGACGAUCCAGAACCCUUCUGAAGACUCAUCUUCACAUUUACCAUCGAGUAUAAAGUUACGAUGCCCGAAGCUAAAGCGGGACUAAGAGUUUCAAACAUGAGCAAGUACAAAGGAGGGGCGUAUGUGGACCGCGACAAGCCGGCCCAGAUCAGGUUCAGUAACAUCUCUGCUGCUAAAGCUGUCGCAGAUGCCAUCAGAACGAGCCUGGGGCCCAAAGGCAUGGACAAGAUGAUCCAGGAUGAGAAAGGUGAUGUGACCAUCACCAACGACGGCGCCACCAUCCUGAAGCAGAUGCAGGUUCUCCACCCUGCGGCCAAAAUGCUGGUGGAACUAUCAAAAGCCCAGGACAUCGAGGCCGGUGACGGCACCACCUCUGUUGUGGUGAUCGCUGGAGCUCUGCUGGACGCCUGCUACAAACUGCUGCAGAAAGGUAUCCACCCCACCACCAUCUCCGAGUCGUUCCAGAAAGCCGUGGACAAAGGCGUGGAGGUUCUGACGGGCAUGAGCCGGCCGGUGCAGCUGAGCGACCGCGAGACGCUGCUCAACAGCGCCACCACGUCGCUGUGCUCCAAGGUGGUGUCGCAGUACUCCAGCCUGCUGGCGCCCAUGAGCGUGGACGCCGUCAUGAGAGUCAUCGACCCCGCCACCGCCACCAGCGUGGACCUGCAGGACAUCAAGAUCAUCAAGAAGCUCGGUGGGACCAUCGAUGACUGCGAGCUUGUAGAGGGUCUGGUGCUGACACAGAGGGUGGCCAACAGCAGUGUGACCCGUGUGGAGAAAGCCAAGAUCGGUCUCAUCCAGUUCUGUCUCUCUCCUCCUAAAACUGACAUGGAUAACCAGAUCGUGGUGUCGGACUACGCUCAGAUGGACCGCGUGCUGCGGGAGGAGCGCUCCUACAUCCUCAACAUGGUCAAACAGAUCAAGAAGGCCGGCUGCAACGUGCUGCUCAUUCAGAAGUCCAUCCUCAGAGACGCCCUGAGCGACCUCGCCCUGCACUUCCUCAACAAAAUGAAGAUCAUGGUGGUGAAGGAGAUCGAGAGAGAGGACAUCGAGUUCAUCUGCAAGACUCUCGGCACCAAGCCCAUCGCCCACAUCGACCACUUCACUCCAGAGAUGCUCGGCACGGCAGAGCUCGCCGAGGAGGUCAACCUGGACGGCUCGGGCAAGCUGGUGAAGAUCACAGGCUGCGCCAGCCCUGGGAAGACGGUGAGCAUCGUGGUGCGAGGCUCCAACAAGCUGGUGAUCGAGGAGGCCGAGCGCUCCAUCCACGACGCUCUGUGUGUCAUCCGCUGCCUGGUGAAGAAGAGGGCUCUGAUAGCCGGCGGCGGCGCUCCAGAGAUCGAGCUGGCGGUGCGUCUGGCAGAGUACUCGCGCGCACUCGGCGGCAUGGAGGCGUACUGCGUGCGGGCGUACAGCGACGCCCUGGAGGUGAUCCCCUCCACGCUGGCUGAGAACGCCGGUCUGAACCCCAUCUCCACCGUGACGGAGCUCCGCAACAGGCACGCUCAGGGAGACAAGGUGGCCGGCAUCAACGUCCGCAAGGGAGGAAUCUCCAACAUCCUGGAGGAGCUGGUGGUUCAGCCUUUACUGGUUUCCAUCAGCGCUCUGACCCUGGCCACAGAGACGGUCCGCAGCAUCCUCAAGAUCGACGACGUGGUGAACACCCGAUAAGAGAUUCCCGUCUGUCCCGUGAGUUCUGUUCUAAGCCUGCUCGUACCGUGAGGGAUCAGAGGACAUCGGUCCGUUCAGAUUUCCACUGUAGUUGUUACGUUGCAUAAUUUAAUAAACAAGGCUUGUCUUUUUUUUUUGUUGACACUCCA